AUGCCUGUUCCGAAUGCAGAACAUGUUGUUGUGGAAGAACCUCACCAAGCGAGCGCUUCAGGUGAAACGUCGGGCGAUCCGUCUACAUCAGAAAACAGAAAUCUCACAGUAAACGAUAUCGUGAUAAUCGAUCCGGAUUGCCUGGAAUUGGAUCUGAAUCACGGUCGCAUAAACAAACUGCAGAACCUCGAGGAGCUGACUUGCAUCGAGAGGCUCUUCCUGCGAUGGAAUUUGAUCACGAAAAUCGAGAACUUGGAUACUCUGACGAGCCUGGUGGAGCUCGAAUUGUACGACAAUCAGAUUACUAAGAUAGAAAACCUCGGUUCUUUGGUUAAUUUGGAGAUAUUGGACUUGUCUUUCAACAGGAUUAAGGAAAUAGAGGGUUUGGAGAACCUGAAGAACCUGAAAAAACUGUUUUUGUCUUCUAAUAAAAUCCAAAAAAUCCAAAACGUGAAUCACUUGGUGAAUUUAAAUUUGCUAGAAUUAGGAGAUAAUAAGAUAAGAGAUAUCGAAAAUCUGGAUGGUCUUGUCAAUUUGCAGUACCUCUACUUGGGCAAGAAUAAAAUAAACAAAAUCAAAAAUCUGGAUUGCUUGAUCAAUUUGACGUGUCUCAGCUUGCAGAGCAACAGAUUGACUGCGAUCGAGAAUUUGAGCAAUUUGAAAGAACUGAACGAGCUGUAUUUAUCCGAAAACGGUAUCGACACCAUCCAGAAUUUGGACGAAAAUAGAAAACUGGAAACGUUGGAUUUGGCGCAGAAUAAAAUCAAACUCAUUGAGGGCAUCUCCCAUUUGGAGAAUCUGCAGGAAUUUUGGAUGAACAAUAAUGAAAUAAGCGAUUGGAAUACAGUGGAAAAUUUGUCAGCUAUUACGAAUCUGGCUACGGUUUAUCUGGAAAAGAAUCCGGUAGCCGAAGAUCCCAUGUACAGGAGGAAAUUGAAAUUGAUCGCCCCUUCGUUGACGCAAAUAGACGCAACUCUAUGCCGUUAA